UGUUGCAACCGUUAGUCGGCAACCGCUUGCCAAGCUAAACAGACGUGCAGACGGGUCGUGAGAUUGUGUCGCUGAUUGCCAAACGGGGUCUACGAUUUAUGAAUGAGCGUCGCGCAGCGUGAGACAGACAUUCAAUUCCCAUAAAAAAAACCAAAAGCAGCAAACGCAGCUGACGACGAGAACGUAAACGUGAACGAAAUUACAAAACAAAAUCGAGAAAAAUACUUCUUAUAUACGAUAAACAACAAGACCCACAUACAAACAAAUACACACAAACACAGAAUAACAAAACACACUAAACGAAACGAUAGCCGAGGGUAAAAGUUUAUUAAGAAAGAAAACGUUUGUUUUGCUCCAGCAACAACAACAACAAGUCGAAAAAACGAGCACGGAAAUUGCAAUUGCAAAGAAAACAAACGUUUCGAUUGUCAAAGACGCGGCAAAUAUUCGCGGUUUUAUUUUUUUCGGCUUUGCAUUUCACACACACACAUAUUACCCCGCUCUCUGUGUCUCUCUCUCUAUCACCACAUCUUGCUUGUUGCAUUUGUGUAGUAUUUCGUGUGCAUAACAAACCAGGAAAAAGUUACAGCACAAAUACGAAUAUAAAGCUAAAUAGUGCGUAAAAAUCUGUUUUCUGUGCGAUUCGCUUCGAUUCGGUUGCGUUGUGUGUGUGUGGGGGAGUAAGUGGUAGUGUAUCUGUGCGAGGUGCGUAUGCGGGAGCGUGUGCGUGUAUGAGAGUGUUAGUGCGCUGAAUAGAAUGAGAAGCGCGGAGAGCGCCUCGCGUGUGUUUUUGUUGCUGCUUUAGAUUACCAAAUUCUCGCACGAAAAAACAUGUCGAAAUUGAAAUUGAAAUUAAAUUGUUGAAAACGAGCGCUAAGCAACCACAACAACAACAACAACGACAGCAGCAAUUUUGUAAGUGCGUGAAAAGUGAAAAGUGUUAUCGGAAAAACACACAUUCGUGGCCAAAAUAAAUCAGUAAUCAAAUUGAGUGAAUUUCAAAUAAAGAAUAAUACAUAUUUUGUAUUUUUGUGCAACGAAACUUGAGUUUCUUAUUGAGAUAAAACGACCGCCUCUCUUUCGCUGCUCUAUCGUUCAACUCUAACUGCCGCUCUCGCUCUCUCGCAUUAAAGAUUCGAGACGUUUUUCCGUGGAUUAAGGUGCAUUUCAUUUAACUUUGCAGCAGGCGGUCAAUUGCGUAUAAUUUAGUUGAGUUGAAAUUGUCUGCCGCAUUUCUUCAUACCCACGUCGCAUGUCAAUCAUACGCAACGUUGUGCAAAGCAAAAACAUUUGAAGUGGAAGUCAACAACUGGGAGUAAAAUCUGCAUGAAAAUUGCAACCAAAAAAGAAUCACACUCCAUGGCCAUACAACAAUGUCCAAUGCUCGCGAGCUGGCAUUGAUAGAGAAAUGGGCUGACAUUGCAACGCCGCCGACGCCGACGCUGCCAACAUCGCUAUCGCCAACAUCGCCGAGCACCAUCAUCAAGUUCUGCUGUUGUCCACAGCGCAGGCGUUACUCAUUGAAGCAGCCGAAAUACAAGUCGACGGCCAAUACGCUGCAUGCUCGCAAUAUAUUCGUUGAUAACGAUUUUACAUAUAUUGAUGAUGUGCCACGCGCCAACAACAAAAGCAACAACAAGAGCAACAGUAGCAACAGCAACUUUAGCAACAAACGACGCCAAGAUUGCGACAGUGAUUACGAUUGCAAUGAUUAUGAUGAUGCCGUUGAUGAUGAUGAGGCAAAUGAUAUCGCAGAGAUCUCAGGCGGCAACGACGGAAAUGUGGCGCUGAUAUUAAUGAAUCAACGAAAUGUGCCUGAACAAUGGCGGCAGGACAACAAAGGCAGCAGCAACAUCAGCAGCAGCAGCAACAGCAACAAGCGUAACAGCAGUGAACUAGCAGCAGCAACUGCAACUCAAAGCAAAACUUGCGCUGUCACAAACAGCCAGCAGAGUGGCAAUGAGCAACAGCAGCAGCAACAAACAAUCCAAAGACUUAGCAAUAGCUUGCAACAGCAACAACAGCAACAUAGCAAUAAGGAAAAUACACUAAGCAACACCAAGAGCAACCACAGCAACAGCAACAACAACAACAACAAAAGUAACUACAAUAAGCCGCGCUGUAAUUAUUGUAAAUUACCCGACGACGCCGAGCCCCAAACGAACAACACAAACUCAAACGCAAACGUAAACACAAACACAUAUACAAACUCGAAAAUUGAUUCACCGAAGUCGUCGCAGAAUAAAAUGACAAUUACGACAGCGGCAACAACAACGAACAUUGCCGCAACAGCGACAGCCAGCGAGUGUGGGUUGACACUGGCAGCGGCAACGGCAACAGCAGAAGAGUUGGUGGGUGCUGCCACAGAAGUGCUGUGCAGCGAUAAACCAACAUUGACAGCGACAUCGAUGUUGUCGACGCCGACGCCACCAACAACACCAACAGCAACAACACCUAAGCCCAGCAUAGCAGCACGUCCGACCACGCCCAGCCGCCUUAAGACUGUGAUCAAAACGACAAUGGUGAAGCGUAGUCCUAGCCAUGACUCAACUGCGCCAGCAACUGCUGCGAUGCAGCAUAUGCUGCAACAACCGAACAGCUGCAACACCAGCAACCAACACGACGAGCCCAGACGUUCAGUUAGGGAGCGCAUCGCCGCCUUUGCGGCAGGAAAUGAGCAACAACAACAGCCAAGUGGCGGCAACACGGCGCGGCAACAUGACAGCGCCAAGAAAUUUAGUAAAAUUCAGUGCAAUACAAAUCAAAACAACAUGACAAGCGAUGUGAAAAGUGCAAUUAGCGGUGGCAGCAACACCAGCAACCAGCAGCAACAUCAAACGCUUAUCAACGGCAAUGGCAUGGCAACAGCAGCAGCAGACGCAACGCCGCCAUCGCCGGCAGCAACAACAGCUGGCAACACGUCAGUCUGCAGUGCGACUAUCGCCACUGACACGACGCGCUACAAAUCGGGAUUAAGUGAUGUUGUGGCCGACGAGGACGUUGAUGAUACAGCCACAUCCACAUCUACAGCAACUGCAACAGCAGCACCAUCAAUUUUUAGCACCGGUUGUGCAACUAUGCCGCGAACUCGCCAAUACGGAAGCAAUGCUGCAGGAGCUGGUGCAACAGCAACAGCGGCAGCCAACGCCGUGACAGCUGAUAAGAAAUUCUUAAGCCUUGCACCCGCUGCAACACAGCAGCAGCAGCAGCAACAUGUGCAUCAUAAGCUGCAAUUAGUCGAUAAGCCCGAAUCGCAAUUGGCUGCACUCAACAAUCUGGACUUGGCGCACCGUUUCGACCUGAUCGAUGACGAUGCCGAGGAUCCAUAUGGACCACUCGAGGAUUAUUUGGAGCGUGUCAAACUGGAAAUCAACGAGGUAUUCGAGUUACGCAAAGCGCAGCGUCUGCACCAACAGCUGAUGGAUCAACUGGACGCGGCGCGGCAAGCGGCAGCAGCAACCGAGCAGCUUGAUGAAUUGUCGCGUUCUACGGAAUCUGAUAGCGGCUUUGACAGCAGCAGCACAACAGCGACAACAACUGCAGCAGCGACAGUGACAACAACAGCAACAGCAACAAGCAAACCAGUGACAACUAAACUUAGAGCAUUGCCACCGCCUCCUCUAAGUCCCGCUGAACAAUCAAGUCGCCGCCCUUCGACAACAGCAAACACAGCGUCGCAACCAGAUGAUGUGAACAUUUGGGCAAACAAAUUUCUACGUGAUUUGGACAAUCUGAUGGGUGGCGAUAAGGUGCCACCACAUCUAGCAGGAGCAACUGGCAACUCGCCCACAUCGAGGACUGCGCCCAUGUUGCUCUCAGCGGCAGCCAGCGCAGCGUUGCAGAGUCGCCUCAGCAAGAGCACAGCUAACAACGGCGAGCAGCAGCAGCAGAACGGACUCGUCUUGAAACCGGAGAAGCAUGCAACCAUUCCUUUGCAAUCGUUUAACCUUGGUUGCGGACGCACUGAGGCGACACCGACAGCAGCCAGCAGGCCAAGCGUUGCCUAUAUGCGAACUCUGUCGGCGCCCGGCGGCCAAGUUGCCGCCAUGCCGUCGCGUAAUGCUUCAAUUGGGGGUCCAAGUCAGCGCAAGAGUAUCGCGUUGUCCGCGUUUAAUGGGCAUGCAGAGACGUCGUCGUCAUCGUCGCUGCCAUCGUCAGCAACAACUCAUAAGCUGACAAAUUUCCAAAGUGCAUUGAAAAUCGAAGAGCUUACGGCGGCAACAGGUGAAGCAGCAACAACUGCAACAACUGCGACGACGACCACCAUGGAUGAUUUGAAAUCUAGGCGACAGCUAGAAACGGCGACGAUGCCAAUGCCAAAACGGGUGGGUAUUAAUCUUGCAACAACGUCGCCAACAUUGACGAGCAGAAAUGUUAUAACCCCGCCGCCGCCGGCGUCAGCAAAGCAAACGGCAGCCGCUUCGGCUUCAGCUUCAGCUGGCACUCAACUGACCUCGGGGAAAGGCGCCGCCACGCCUGGUUAUCUGGUGGAUGUGACCAAAAAAGGCUCGACCUCAACCAUAUGGACAUCGGAGGAGUCCAUACUGCGCAGCGUUGGCGCCGUCGAUGAAGACAACAACUCGACUUCGUCGUCUUCGGCAUGCGAGGAGGCGGCUGGAGUGCUGAGUUCCGGCAAGUCGGGCAUCUCGCUUGACUCCUCGGGACUGGACAACGACAACAAUGAGAGCGGCAUUGGCACGGCAACGCCACCCAAGGACAUGUCCUACUGGAAGAGCCACCAUCUGCAGCAUCAUCAUCUUCAUCAUCACCACCACCAUCAUCAUCAUCAUCGCACUGGCGGUAGCAGCGCACCCGACAACGAAUCCGUGAGCAGCCUGGAGGCGUUGCGUAAAAUGAAAUUCCAGAAGAGCGGCUCGGUGGCCUCCUCCGAUGAUCCCGAUCUGCUCGAGGUGCUUAGCUUGUGCGGCAGCGGAGGCGAGGCGGCCAACGAGUCCCAAGACGACAUGCUGGACGAUCAAGGCGGCAAACAACUGCCCGACAAAGCUGCUGCUGGCGAGUACGACGAGUGCCAGGAUGAGUUCGAGUUGCCGCAGCAUUACUACGACUGCGAUUGCACCGAUGGCGAUGCGAGCAGCGCCAGUGGAGGCGGAGGAACUGCCUCGAUUACCACUCCUGUGGUGCUGCGACGCAAGUACAGCGCUGCGCCGCCCAUCAUGGUGCCACUGCCCAGUGUCCCGCGUCGCAAUCUGCGUAGUUUGUCGCUCGACCAUCAUCAGCCACAUCAACAGUUUCUGCUGCAGCCUCGCAAGCUGCUGGCGCGGCACAAUCAGAAGGAGCGCGCUCAACUGUCGCUGACACUGCGCCAGGAGCCCUUCCAGUCGCUGCUCUCGCCCAACGCCACGAACGUCACACAGCUGCAUCACUUCGUGGAGCUGCCGUCGCCCAGCAGCGCUUCGCUGCACAGCGACACAGGCGGCAUUCAGGAACUGACAACCAAAUCGAACUCGGCGCCGCUGCUGCUCAAGGAGCGUGAGCACAGUCGACGCUGUGAUGACUUUGCCGCCCAGCACUUGACGCUGCGCUAUUCUCGUUCACAGAGUGAUCGCUAUUUAGCAGAAAUCGAGGCCGUGGAAGCUUGCAAAUGGCUGCGGGCGGCAGGUUUUCCGCAAUACGCGCAGAUGUACGAAGAUCAUCAGUUCCCCAUCGAACUGAACAAUGUAGCCAAAGAUCACACCAAUCUAGAGAACGAUCAACUCCAGUCGCUUUACCGUCGACUCUGCGUUCUCAAUCGCUGCGCCAACAUGCGACUGGAUCAGUCCCACAAGCCGCAGACGCCACAGCAAAAGGAGGAAUCGGAUGAUGAGAACUUUGCGCUGAGCGAGAAUUGGACAUUCCAACCACACAUUCGACGCUGGUCGCGCAUUGGCGAAAUGGGACUCGAGCUGCCGCCGCCAGGACAUCUGAAUCUCGAGAAAACCGAGAGCAGCUCAAAGGAGUCGAGCCCAGAUCGCUUCGAGGACGACAGCUACGAUUUGGGCGGCGCUGGCAUCACACUGAUGAUACCCGGCUGCAGCAAAGGCGAUCCCAACGAUCCUAAUUCCCUGCACGAUGGCUCCGAUGGUUCGGCCGCAACUCGCUUGCGUCGCACCGGCAGCGAACGCUUCAAGGAUGGCGCCAAGGCGUUCCUGCGUCGUGUGGAGUCCAUCAAAUCGCGACGUCGCAAGCGACAGAAUCGCGAGAACGUGGUCAUCAGUGGACCGCAAGUGCUCGAUCUGGCGCAGCUCGGACAACGCAGCAGCUUACGCAAACCCGAUGCCGUCUACUCCACACCGCCCUCGCCAUCGGCGCUGAGUCCCAUACACACAUUCCCCAAGGCGCCGUUCUUUGGCAACGAGCUGAAGGUGCCCAGCCACAGCGAGAACUUCCUGAGUCCCAAUCGUGCCAGCCCCAAACGGACGCCGACCACGCCGCGUUCGAUGCGCACCAGUCCGCUGCACUUCUUCUCGAGUCCCAUGACCCAGCUGAAGGAGGGCAAGUCGGAUGAUUCCUCGUCGUAUUACAGCGACAGCCAGGAAUCAUCCACGGGCGGCAAACUUUCGCUAUCGUUGCGCAAACCCUCGAAGGCGCGACGUUUCCUGCAGCGCUCGGGCAAGGUGGAUGACAUUGGUGCGCAUUCGGAUUCGGAGUGUCAUCAGGGACGCAAGCUGCUCAUCAAGGAUGCCAAUUCCAAUACCACCGAGGUCAAGAUCAAGAAGCUGACACGCGGCGGUUCGCUCAAUCUGGGCAAGGACGCCAAGAAGCGCGAUGGCUUCCGUUCCUCAUCGUUCCGCUCGCGCAGCACAUCGCGCAAGGAGCCCAAGAACGAGGAGGAACACGGCAGCAGCAGCGCCAAGCGACAGCCGGUGGUGCGUUAUCACAGCUUCCAGAUGGAGGAGCGUCCCAACAUGAUCUUUCGCAAGUGCUUCUCGCAAAAGAUCGAGCCGCAGGCGCAGCAAGAGGAUGCCGGCAUCCCAUUCGCUGCCAUGUCCGCUGGCCAGCUACAGAUCAUUCGCAAGUUGGCCCUGGUCACGCUCACCGGUCACAUGGAACGCUACUGUCCUACGCAUCGAUCGGGCUGGAACUGGGAGCUGCCCAAGUUCAUCAAGAAGAUCAAAAUGCCCGACUACAAGGACAAGAAGGUGUUCGGUGUUCCCCUCCUGCUCAUUCUCCAACGCAGCGGACAAACGCUGCCGCUGGCAGUGCGUGCUGCACUCCGUUGGCUGCAGCUGAAUGCUCUGGAUCAGGUGGGACUUUUCCGCAAGAGCGGUGGCAAGUCACGCAUCAUGAAACUGCGCGAACAGAUCGAGGUCACCGAAUCGACCGCCGAGUGCAUGGAUGUCUUUGAUCUGCAGCAGGCGUACGAUGUUGCCGACAUGCUCAAGCAAUAUUUCCGCGAGCUGCCCGAAUCGCUGCUGACCACCAAAAUGUCCGAGACCUUUGUGGCCAUCUUCCAACAUCUGCCCGCUGAGGUGCGUCUGGAUGCGGUGCAAUGUGCGGUGCUGUUGCUGCCCGAUGAGAAUCGCGAAAUACUCUAUGUGCUUUUGGAGUUCCUCACCAUUGUGGCUGCCAAUUCGGCGCAGAACCAAAUGACCAGCAAUAAUCUAGGCGUCUGCCUGGCACAGUCCAUCUUCCACUCGUCCAUCUCCACGGGUUCUGCCUCCGUCUCCGCAUCUCCGCGUCGCAAGGGCAAGGGCUCCGGCAUGCCGGACAUGAAGGAGCUGGCCGAGGCGAAGGCUUCGCAUGAGUGUCUCUCCUUCAUGAUCGAUCACUACAAGCCCAUCUAUACUGCCGCCAAGGAGAAGCUCGGCAAGUGCAACUUUGGCUACAUGGAGGAGUCCAAGCCGGUGCCCCUCGAAGCACUAGGAGAAGGGAUGCAGUUCCACAACUGGCGUGGCUAUCUCUACGAAUGCACCAGCGCCACCAUCAAAGAGGGACGCGAGAAAACUCGAGGCUGGUUCACCAUCAGCUCGCUGAACGACAGCAAUGUCGACAUUUCCUACAAGAAGGUGGGCGAUGGUCAUCCGCUGCGUCUGUGGCGCUGCUCCACGGAGAUCGAGGGACCACCACGCGAAGUGCUGGAGUACAUCAUCAAGCAACGCGCCUCCUGGGAUCCAAAUCUGCUGCAGUGUCAGACGGUCAAGAAGCUGGACGAUCGCACCGAGAUCUAUCAGUAUGCGCUCGAUGGCCAGCUGACCACCGACUUCUGUGUGCUGCGCUCCUGGCAAACGGAUUUGCCGCGCGGCGCCUGCGUUAUUGUGGAGACGUCGAUUGAUCAUGCCAAGGCAAAGCCGUUGUUCUGUGCCGUGCGUGGCGUUGUGCUCGCCUCGCGUUACCUUAUCGAACCCUGCGGCAGUGGCAGAUCACGUGUCAUGCAUCUGGCACGUGUGGAUGUCAAGGGCAAGACACCAGAGUGGUACAACAAGAACUAUGGGCAUAUCUGUUCCCACUACUUAUCCCGCAUUCGUCUGGCCUUUAAGCAUGUAGCCGAUGGACCCGAGAGCAAAGUGUAAUCUGAGUGUUUAGUUGAUAGUCGAAACAAAGAAAACCCGCACGCAUUUCGAGAACCCCAACGAGUAUAGAAAUCCAAAUGCAAACAACAUUUUGGACCACGACGAGCUUAAGUUUCGCAACUCAAAGCCAAGCAAAAUAUGAUAGAUUUACACACAUUUCUAUAUAUAUAUAUAUUUUUGUAAAUAUUUAACACGUUACGAUAAUUCCAAAUCUUUUUUAUUGCAAGCAAAAACAAAAACUUCAAUACGUUUCCGAACGUCGCGUAUAACUAUAAUUUACUGUAUUAUAUUUAUAUAUGUGGUCUUAAUUUAUAUACGGAUAUAUACUUUACUACUUUAUCACUUACUUUACAAACCGAAAUCUAACAUCCAAAAUACUCAAUACAUAAAUAUCACAAAUGUACUUUUACGAUUUCUAACUAAAGUUUCAAGUUAUGUUUAUGUCACCCCUAUAUCUUUAAUGUUAAUUAGUUUGUAGUCUUCUCAAUGUGUAAAACGUUACAGCAACAUUACAAAACAAAAACAACAUUGUUCUAUGAAAUCUGAUGGAAAAUGAAAGCAAAAACAAAAGAAACGCAACAUUUUAAUGUGUAAAGCAAAAUCAACUAGUCAAAUUCUAUAAACUUAAGUUAAACUACUACUAACCCCAAUUACACUCAACUAAAUGGUUUACCAAGCAACAAGUUGUCGAAAAAUUCCACUGAGAGGAACAAGUAAUUAAUUUUGAUUGAGUAAUAUUAUUAAAAAUUGAUAAGAAAUGAUGAAAUAUGUGUGUAGCAUCGGAGUUAUUGAUAGUCUUAAGCACUGCGCGUAUAUAUUGUUGAUGUAUAAUGUACGAUGUAUGUAUGUAGGAUAUAUACAAGUAUGAACCUUAUGAUCCUUGAUCGAGAUACUGUAAAUGCCCAUUUUGGCGAUAUAGUUUUAUUUAUGUAUAUGUAUGUAUAUCUAUCUAUCGUAUCCAAUCGUAUCAUAGAAACAUAUAUGUGUACGAGUUAUCAACUACUACAGGCCGUAAUGACAAAUAAGAACUAACAAGCCAAUGUCAAAAAAAUAAAUGGAGCAUAUAAUUAUGUAUUACAUACAAAAAUAUAUAAAAAAAAAUUAAAAGGCAAAAAAGCAAACACAAUAAAAUUACUAUGAAAUGUGCAAAAUAAA